UCUCCUCGCCCUUUGUCCAGCAGCAGCCGCCGAGGGACCGAGGACCGUCCCCGGCCGAGACGAGGACGCUGCUGCUCCUCCUCCUGGUCGAGACGAGGAUGCUGCUGCUCCUGGCGCUGUUCGGCUCUCCAGUCUCCAUCGCAAUCGGCUCUCCAAGUCUCCAUCGCGAUCUCCACGGUUGGGCGCCUGGGCGGACACGCACGGGAGGCCGCAGGUCUUGGAUCGACGACUCGUUCACAGGCACAGGACACUACAGGCAGGUGAACAUGGUGCUUGGUAAUCUUGUUCGUCUGCACUGGCCUGGUGUUGUGACUUUGCCUACUGGCGAGUCUGUCCCCGCCACCACUUGGGAGCAUUAUCGCUAUGGUGUCUGUAGAACGUUUGGCAACACACAGGCACUAGUUUGGGAUGCAUUCUGGAAACGGUACAAGUUGCCGGACGAUGGAUCAUAUGAUAUGAACGCUCGUUACGUGUUUGAGUAUAACGCGAACGAUGUCGUUGCAGAUGCAAUGUACUAUGCACGAAUUCAGGCUAUAAAGGCAUGGUACAGAGCAAAUGCUGAUGAUCGACCGAUGCCAAAUACCAAGGCCGAGUGGUCAUCAAUUUACUUGACGGAGGAGCAAUACCUAGAGGUGUCGGUGCCGUGGAUGGCCACCCGAUCGGAGGGUUAUCGGGCAUUGUGCAGAUGGUGGGCUUCCCCUGAGUUUCGUGCCAUUUCCGAAAGGAACAGGGGAAACCGUGGGACCGAGUCGUUCCACAACUACGGUGGUGAUGGUCAUGUGCGCUUGGCUAAGCGAAUGGAAGUCAAAUUCGGUCGUACGCCCACGGAUGUGGAGGUGUAUAUGCAAGGGCAUAGGGGUUCUGAUCCUCAGAAUCCUGAUGUGUUAUGCACUCAGACGGCCACCGACCGUCUAGCUUCGUAUGGGGAGGAGAUGGUUCAACGCCAUGGGCAGGAGUACGAUUGGAGGAGCCAGCCAAUCGACCCUCAGGCAGCAUAUGCUAGCGGAGGAGGACAAGCCCACGGACGGUUGGGUAUUUUUGAUUCUACGAUUGAUUCCAGAGAGCUAAGACGCCGUGGACGACAGUCCACAUCGUCGUCUUCACAGUCGUCCCGUUCACGAUCAUCCGCCCACGACAUGGAGAUGGCAGUGUUGCGUCAACAGGCAGAGUACCAUCAAUCAGUCUUGAGGGAACAAUUGGAGUACCAGAGGCAACAAUCUGAGUACCAGAGGCAACAAGCCGAGUACCAGAAGAAGAGGGACGAGUAUUAUGCAAACCUCCAGGCCCAAAAUCAAGCUCUUCUCUCGCAACUAGCCCAACAAGCGGGCGUCCCGAUGCCGACAUAUGGGAUGCCGCCUCCGGAGUUUGCACUGCCAAUGCCAAUGUUGGCGCCUCCACCACCGCCUCCGCCUCCGUCACAAUUCCCUAUGACACCACCCGCUUCAGUUGCCGCACCUGGAGAUGGGUCUGGUCAGGACGACCCAACACAUUCGUGGGUGAACAAUCUUUUCAGCACGCAUAGUCCAGCCGGAGGAGGUGGCGAUGGAUAUGAGUGAUACUGAUGUAAAACACUUGUUGAAACCUUUCAUGUGAAAGCCUACCCGUCGAAUAAUGUUCAUUUUGGAGUUUGGACAACUAUGUUUAUGUAAACACUUAUUGCAACCAUUUGGAACUAUGUUGUUAUGUU